AUGGCUGCGGCUUCACCGCGCGUAAUCUCUGGUUUGAAAGAGGUGGCUCGAUUGUAUCGUUGUGUUCUCUUUGAGGCCUCGUCCCUACGACUGGGCGGCGGGCUGUGGGGCCCAUGCGGCGCGGGUGCCAUUCGCUCCGCGCAGGAGUUGGCCAAGCGGGAGAAGUUGGUCGCUGCAGUUACGGGGAAUGCUUUGCCUGCGAAGGUGCAGUCUGCCGCCCUGCGUGAAGGAGGGAUGCCGGAUACUUUGGCUUCGUGGUCUUCUGGUGAGCUUGUUUUAAGGAACUUUGAGGGCAAGCAAUCUGCUGAGGCAUUGUCAAGCCUGCCAGAGCGGCCCAGAAUCUUUGAGACCAUGCCCCAGAGCAUGGCGAUGGUGUAA